UGUACUUAAACCUUAAUUUUGUGUAGGUUAUAUUUAUUUUGUAAAGUGUAAUUAUACCAAAAUUUUUAAAAUAUAUAAUGAUUCUAUCUAGGGUAACAAGAUUGCAUCUAAGAAACUUAUCAAAGGUCUAUUACUCUACAUCAUCUGAUGUAUUACCAAAAAAUAUUGCUAUUACAUCUGCUCAGUUUCAAACGAAUAAUGGAACUGUUUAUGAUAAAAAACCAUUAAAAAUUUAUUUACAAGCAGGUAAAAAAUAUUCUUGGUGUUUAUGUGGAAGAAGUAGAAGUCAGCCAUUUUGUGAUGGAACUCAUAGAAUAGCACAACUUAAAAUUACUCAAAAACCAGUGAGGUUGAUAGUAGAAGAAUCGAAAGAAUAUUGGCUCUGCAAUUGUAAACACACAGCUCAUCGUCCAUUUUGUGAUGGAACUCACAAAUCAAAAGAAGUGCAAGAUAGUACCUCAAUUAUCAGACAAUGAAAAUAUAUUUUUGUGUAGGUGAUUAUAAUAAAUAUUAAUUUAUGUUUAGUACUUUCAA